ACAGCCCUGCACAUGGCAGCAUCUAGAGGGAGGAAUGCAUUAAUGGAAUGGUUAGUUCGUCAUUCAUCUGACGCAUUUAUAAAUGCAAGAGAUCGGGAAUCUGGGUACACACCAUUACAUCGAAGUAUUUUCUAUGGACAAAUACAUUCAGCAGUUUCUCUCAUGAAACUCGGUGUCAACACAGAUAUUUUGGAUAAAGAUGACUACAAAGCCCUAGAGCAUGCUAUGCUAGAUAAGCACUAUGUGUACAAGCUUUCUGGCUCUGAGCCUUGCGAUGCUUAUGUCUGGGGCAGCAACUCCAAUUACACCCUCGGCACUGGUUCUCAUCAGCCACGGAAUAUUCCAGAUCUUUUAACUAGCUUCAGUCGUGUUAAUGCUAACGUAAAGCAGGUCUGCCUCGGUAAGUUCCAUAGUGUGUGGGUGUGUGGUGGUGAUGUGGGCGAAGUGUGGUGUGCAGGCCAGCCCGCUCGCGCCGGGGGCCCUCACACGACAGCCCUACGCCCUGUGCUAUUGAAGCUUCCUGAACCUUGCAUACAAGUCGCUAUUACCUUGACGUCUACUGUGUUUCUAUUGCAAAGUGGUGCGGUGAUUCAGUAUACUCUUAAUAACACAGAAAAUCCAAGCCCAUCAACAGCUAAAAAUCCAACUACAAUUAAACUAGCGUCAGUCAAGCCGCUUAUAAAGAUAUCUGAACCUUUGGGUAUUUGCGCUGGACGGUGCCACGCGGUCGUAUGGAAUAAACACGCUAUAUACACGUGGGGAUCAAAUUUGGGACAGUUGGGACAUCCAGAGAAGGAUAAAAUUAUUUCUGCUCCGAAAAGGGUGGGGAUAUCAAUAAACAAUAAAGAAGAAGCAAGUCUUCAGCUAGUGGACGCUUCCGACGCGGCCACGGUGUUAACAACCAGUCGCGGUGAUGUUUAUCUCUUACACAAGUUCUUAUGCAAGAAGAUUGCUAUCAAACAAAUAAAUUUGCGUCAAGUGUGCGUAGAAGCAAAAGUAAGCGAACAGGGAUCAUAUUCUCGCGUCACCGUACUUCUUCUAACAAAUGUUGGCCAACUUAUGAUAUGGCAAGACACUACUAACAAAUUGACAAGAUGCGUAUUCGGUCUCAACCACCAAACCAUAAUAACCCAUGCCGCGUUAACCCACGACGCUCUCUACUUCACAACUGUACACGGCGAGGCGUACAUAGGCAAUAUAUCCCGCAAGACCACGCCCCCUCCCAUCCAGCCAAUCAGGAAAGAGAAAGAAAAGGACGACAAAUCAUCUCUCGUCGCGUUUUUGAAAAAGGAUGACUGUACUUCUGUUAGGAUUACGAAGAUUCCGAAUAUACACAGAGCGCUUGGGAUAAGUGUUGAUAGCGAAGGACUUAAUUUGGCUUGCCUUCAAAUGAAACCCACAUGUGGUUUGACCUCACUGCCAGAUCUAUCACCGUCGUGUUUCUCGAAGCAUAUGGAAUGUCUCUUUGAGACCGCCGCUGAUGAUGAUAUCCUCCACGAUGUUGUAUUUAAGGUUGGAGCUAAACACUUUCCCGCCCACAUGUUCAUAAUCGCUUCAAGCAGCGACUAUUUGUACAAAUUAUACAAAGAAACAAGCACAAAUGAGCACAAACCAACGAUUAUUCUUGAAAAUGUCCACCCGGAAGUAUUUGAAAGAAUCAUUCGUUUCAUGUACACUGGCACUUGCGAUGUGGCUGAAUUAGGACCGUGUGGGUUGAAGAUAAGGAAGGAAGAUCUGAUUGGAGGGAAUAAGAAAGAAAAGGAAAAUGUUGAAAAUGAUGUUGAUUUAAUAGAUAAUCCUGCGGAAAUAUCAGCGUUCGAAGUGUACAAGAAGCAGGAUAAAAAGAAAAGCGGUAAACGUCGUAACACUGAAACACCACCUCGUACACAUUUAUACUGCGACCCAAUUAAAUUGGUUCAAGCUACGGCCAAAAGAUUACAAGUUAUGGGAUUGCAUAAAUUGCUUGAUAAAUUCUAUUACAGGGAUGGAAAUGUGUGUCUUAAAGAAAGUGCUACGUAUUCAAAGAAUGCGCCUCUCACUUGGGACAGAGAAAGUCAUCCCGAGCUAGUGGAUACCAAUGUUCUGUCUAAGGAUGGUAUACUGACACCAGCUCAUAAAUGUAUCCUAGCGGCUAGACUUGAGUACUUCCAUGGAAUGUUCAUGCAUUCUUGGACUGAGAGUAAAUUGUUGUCAAAUGUAUCUCUACCAUUUAAUCAUGGAAUUCUUCUAGCGGUUAUAAAUUUCCUGUAUACGGACAAAUGUCCAGACAUUGAAAAUUCAGACAGCAUAGACUUUAUUUGUAGUAUGCUCAUUGUGUCCGAUCAACUUUUCAUCGGUCGCCUCAGAGAAAUGUGCGAAAUCGCACUCGCUAAUUUAAUAACGUUGAAAAACUGUACCGAACUCUGUCAAUUCGCCCACACGUAUAACGCUACACAGCUAAAACAGUGUUGCAUGGAGUAUAUAUCUCUUAACAUAUGCAGUAUCCUUGAAAAUAGAUCUUUGGAUCUUUUGGAAGAAACAUUGCUUGAAGAUAUUUCGAAAUAUUAUUGCAAAUUUAAUCCAAUUAUGUCGUCGCGAGUGGUGACACCUUUCUACAAUUCACCCAGCGAUGAAAUUAUCGAGGAAUGCUCUAAAAACUAUCCAGUAGAUUUAGAUGUUUUGGACGAAGAUAUCAAAAGAGAUGACAGCAUUGUUGAAGUGAUUAAAAAGAAGAAACAAAAAAAGAUCGAGUAUACGGAAAAUGAGAAAGCGAGAAUGAGAUAUGAAUCUGUCAGUUCUGUAAAUUCUUUGGAUCUGUCUAAUGAUACCUCCGGUGAUGUCACACUAUCACUCAAUGCCAUUAAUAAGAAUGAAGAAAAAAAAUCUAAAGAUACAGGAAAAUGGACAGAAGUACCGACAUCUCAACAGAAGCAACAAAAAGUUGUGCAAGCUCGUUUGAAGGCUAUAUCAUCUGCUAAAGACAUUCUCAAUGAGACUCCCACUAAUUCUUUUACUAAACUAACCAAGAAUAAUUCUUAUAGUGCCAUUACGCAAGAUUCACCAACGCCGACUACUUCCCGCAUGUCUGUAUCACCUAAGGAAUCUAUAUUAUCGGAGUCUUGUUGGGGUCAAGGAAAUCUAGUCAUAAAUCAUGUGGGACCCAAGCUUUCUCAAAAGCAAAGAAAGAAAUUGGGCACUGAACUAACGUCCCCCCAGACACUAGAUAAUUACUUCAAUAAACUGAAUGUCGGUAGUCCACCAGACAAACCAAAAAAUCCUUGGAAGAUUUGUGAACCACCCAUUACCAAUAGCAGACCAAAUAAACCAAAUGCAAUGGAAUUUGACAAAAUAUUAGCUGAUCAGAAAAAACAGAAGAAUGACUUUUCCAGAAUUAUGACAAAACCACUCACUUUGACACAGCUGGAAGAUAAAGCUAUUGAGGAAUUGGAAAAAUUCUACAAUAUACAUGAUAUUGACGAUGAACUUAUAACAGUGAGGCGUAUUGAAUUGCAAGUAUCUUCCCCACAAUGGAUCCACACUGUUCCAAAGUGAUAAUAAUGUGCUAUUUUUACUAAUUCAUUAUUGUGAUGUAAUUAUAAAUAUUUUAAUAAUAAAAUAACUCAUAUGUGACAAAA